ACACACACACACACACACAAUAUUCCAUACAAGAAAAUCCACAUUUAGUUCUUAAUUUCCCAAAAAUAUCAAAAUGAAAAUUUUCAUUUUCCUAAUGAUGUUUCUAGCUAUGUUACUAGUAACAAAUGGGAAUAACAAUCUAGUAGAAACAACAUGCAAGAACACACCAAAUUAUAAUUUGUGUGUGAAAACUUUGUCUUUAGACAAAAGAAGUGAAACAGCAGGAGAUAUUACAACAUUAGCAUUAAUUAUGGUUGAUGCUAUUAAAUCUAAAGCUAAUCAAGCUGCUAAUACUAUUUCAAAACUUAGGCAUUCCAAUCCUCCUCAAGCUUGGAAAGAUCCUUUGAAGAAUUGUGCCUUUUCAUAUAAGGUAAUUUUAACAGCAAGUAUGCCAGAAGCAAUAGAAGCAUUAACAAAAGGUGAUCCAAAAUUUGCAGAAGAUGGAAUGGUUGGUUCUUCUGGUGAUGCACAAGAAUGUGAAGAAUAUUUUAAAGCUAUAACUAUUAAAUAUUCACCACUUUCUAAAUUAAAUAUAGAUGUUCAUGAACUUUCUGAUGUUGGUAGAGCUAUUGUAAGAAAUUUAUUGUGAUGUGUCAUGUCAUGAUGUUACGUAUCGAAAAACUUUAGUAACUUAAUUGAUAAAUUGUCUGAAUUAUUAUUUUGCUGGUAAGGGUUCGAUUCGUCAGGUUUUAAUCUCAUAUCCAUUUCCCUUUUUUCUACCCAAACUUUUUUUUUUAGUGUUAGGUGUCUACUCUUUUUCAUUUCAUAAAUUAGUGACAUGUGUAAAGUGCCCCCUUAAUUAUUAGAAGAAAAAUGUAUCAUGAAUAUUUGUACAAGUGUAAUACUCUUAUCCAAUAUAUGUUUGUCCCCUUCUAGAUAA